UCCCAUCACGCAGAGCAAGUGUGGAACGUUCUCCGCGGGCACGAACUACCGGGAGGAUUUCCGGACUAUUUCUGAUUGAUUUUAGGGCUUUUGACCCAAAGUUCGGGGGCGAAGAGCCUCCACCCUCCUCCUUCUCAUGGAACUUCGUGGACAGAGCUUCCCGGCCGCCUCGACGGCUUCAGCAGGGCGUGACCCAGGACCCAGGACGGCGUGUGGAACCAGGCUAUGGCUCCGGGACCCCAGGACCCUUCAGUUCAUCUUCGUCGUCGCAGUUCUGCUGCCGGUCCAAGUUAACUGUCCCAGCCCCCUGCAGGAUCAAGUUCCCCAGCUGACAGUGGCCCCACAGCAACAGAGGCACAGCUUCAAGGAGGAGGAGUGUCCACCAGGAUCUCAUAGAUCAGAAUAUACUGGAGCCUGUGUCGGGUGCACAGAGGGUGUGGAUUAUGCCAAUGUCUCCAACAAUUUGCCUGCCUGCCUCCCAUGUACAGUUUGUAAAUCAGAUGAAGAAGAGCUAAGUCCCUGCACCACAACCAGAGACACAGAGUGUCAGUGCAAGCCAGGAACUUUCCGGAAUGACAAUUCCACUGAGAUAUGCCGGAAAUGCCACACUGGGUGCCCCAGAGGGAUGAUCAAGGUCAGGGAUUGUACAUACUGGAGUGAAAUCAAGUGCAUUGAUGAAUCAGCUGCGGAGGAGACAGUGACCACCAGCCCGGGGACUCCUGCCUCUGUGUCUGACAUCGUACAGAUUGUCACAGGGGUCAUAUUUUUUGUGGCUGUGGUUGUGUUUGUUUACAUGAUUUUAUUUUGGAAGAAACUCAUUUCUUUCCCAAAACUCAUCUGCUCAGGUGGUGGAGGAAACCCCAAAUGUGUUCACAGAGGACAGGCAGAAGCCGAAGGAUGUCAGAGGAGGAGGCUGCAGGUUCCAGUGAAUGAUGCUGACCCCAUGGAAAUCAACACCUUGCUGGAUGCCUUGGGGACACCGGAAGAAGGACACAUGAAGGAAACAAUUCAGGACCAACUGGUAGCUCCGAAAAGCUUCUCUGUGAAGAAGGUGAUGCAGGCUCUCCUACGUCCUGCCUGUUAAAACAUCUCUUCAGGAAACCAGAGCUUCCCUGGUUUACCUUUUCACUUAGAAAGGGAAGAAGCCUGGAAGAAACAGUCCAUUGCUUGACCCAUGGCUCAACAAACUCUACUACGCAAUAUGGUGCAGCUUACCUGAGGUCUUACAACUUCGUCAAUGCACUUGUAGUAAUUUUUAUACAAUAUUGUGUGUGAUAAGCAAACUGUGGGAAUUUAUGUAAGAUUCUUUGUGGCACAGCGUUAUAUGAUUGUGUUUUAAGGGCGGUUUUAGGCCAGGUGCCUUGACUCACACCUGUAAUCCUAUCACUUUGGGAGGCUGAGGCAGGUGAAUUACUUGAGCUCAGGAGUUUGAGACUAGCCUGGGCAACAUGGUGAAACUCCGUCUCAAAAAGAAAAAAAAAAUGGUUUUAGAAUGUCAUUACUUUCAGUUCUUCAUCAUGAGACAAGUCUUUUUUCCUGUUUCUUAUAUUGUGAGCUCCAUCCCUGCUGGUAUGUGCAUUAUUUCCAUCUGUCUACAGAUGCUACACAGCCACAAUGGUUUGCCUUACAGUUUUUUAACUUUAGAACUGAAUGAUCUGGCUAUUACCUGCAUUUUCGGUUUAGGAUACUUUUGACUUAAUGAUGAGAUUAUCAAGUCAAAGCCCCAUGCUAGUCAUGAGCAUAUGCACUUAAGAGGGUUUGACUUAGAAUUUUGAGCUUUAAGAUAGGAUUAUUGGGGCUUACCUCCCUGAAGUAGAGAAACAUUUGUAUUGCUUAGUAUUUAUAUCAUGUACAUCUUUCAUUUUCUGAUUUUUUUAUAAUGAUGUAAGCAUGGAAAAACUCUAGGAAAUGCACUUAUUAGGCUGUUUAUCUGGGUUUCUGGAUGUAAACCAGCAGUCAAAAAUGACUGGAAAUAUAAGUAGCGAUGGAGGGAGAAAUCCUCCCUCUGUGGGAGGCAGUGACUGCAUUCCAUAUCUCAUCCCACGCCCUGUGAUUGGACCAGGGUUUGAUGGCUGGCAACUUCUCAAGGGGCCAGGCUGUCUUACUUGAUAAUUUUAGAGGUAUAUAGCAGUAUUUAUUUAUAAAUAUUUUUUAAACAUGUAUUUAUUUAUAAGUACAUGUUUACAUAUGCCCAGGAUUUUGGAGAUUGUGGGAUCUAUGGGAAGCCAUGUGUCUGGUCGGUCCUGCUGGGACAGGCACAAGACUGCAUCUUCCUGCUUGUCCACAGCAGAUAAGGAUAGUGAGAUCUGAGACUGUGAAUAGCUUUUCUGUCAAGUGCCCUUACAGCUGAACAUGAGUGAAUUUUGGGCGUCCUUUGGGCUCAGGGCAGAAUGGGUGUUCAUCUGCCCCAGCAUCCUUCAUGGCAUUAAGGGGGAAGUGUGGAUGGUGAUUGGGAAUGCUGUGAAAUGGUUGCUGACUCAGGAGUGGAUGGCCCCUCUCGCUUCUGGUGCUCUGUGACCCUGAGCCCCUGAGCAGCGUUUUAGGAUAUGGAUUUCCUGUUUGAGGUGCUUGGCCCCUCUGUAAGCAUCUGACUCAAUUCAGAAAUAUCAACUCUUAAACACUGGGACAGCGGGACCUAGAAUGGCUGACGCAUUAAUGCUUUGUUCUUGUGUCACAUUCUACUAUUUUACCUAAAAGCCUCAGUCAUCAUGUUAGCCUCUUUCCAGCAAACUCUUCUCCACAGUAGUGCAUUGGUGGUAGGAUAAUUUACGGUUGUAGUCAUUCUAGGAGUUUCCAUGUUUUCCAUCUCCAGGCAUUGCAUGUUGUCUUGUUCCGGGACUGGUUUGGCUGGGACAGUUAGAAUUCCCUGAAGAAUCCAGCACAUUCAGAGUGUUGUGUCCAUUAAUCUUUGGGAGGGGGUGGCCUUUCUGGUCUUGGCACUUCCGUCCUCUCCCACUUCCAUCUGGCAUCCCACGUGUUGUCCCCUGCAUUUCUGGAAGGCACAGGGUGCUGCUGCCUCCUGGUCUUUGCCUUUCCUAGGCCUUUGGUGCAGGACACUCGGCCUCAGAGCUCAGAGGGAGCCAGUCUGGUCCCAGCUCCCUUGUCCCUUCUGCAGAGGCCUUCCUUGAAGAUGUAUUUAGAAUAUCAGCCUUAUCAGUGUUGGUUAAGCUUAUUCUUUUAAAGUAAGCUUCCUGACAACAUGAAAUUGUUGGGAGUUUUUAGUGUUAAUUUGUUUGUUUUGGUUUGCUUUAUACCCAGUCCAAAUAGCACGUAAACACCUGGUUAUAUAUGAAAAGCUCAUAUGUUCAUGAAUUUUGUCCAAAAUAAACAUGAAAGCUUAUAU